UUGUAAAUAAUGAUAAACUUUGGUUGGUACCUUUGACAAUCAGCAGCUUUUGACAGAAAAGGCAAAACCAAGGCAAAACAUUGACAAAUUUUUAAGUAAAUAUCCUCACUAUUAACCAUAUUUGCCACCAUUGCGAGGAUGGGGAACGCUUACAUGAAGCAGCACCUGGAGACCGCCACAAAAACAGGCGUGCUUCGGAUCUCCUUCCAAAAACUGAAUGAAGUUCCCGAGGCCCUGACGCAACUAGAGGCCAACCUUCGGACGCUGGACAUGUCGGACAACAAGUUCGUCACGCUGCCGUCUUGGAUGGGCAACUUCAAAAUGCUCAAGCAGUUGUCAAUCAACAACAACAGGCUGACCGCCCUCCCUGAAGAAAUCGGACGUCUCGUCAAACUGGACGCCCUGUCCUUGCACAACAACCGAAUCGCCACCCUGCCAGCCUCGAUCUCCGCCCUGAGCAACCUGAAGAGCAUCGACCUGAGCGGCAACAAGCUGACUGCGUUCCCUGCCGUUUUCAACGGCCUAAAGAAGCUCGCUUCGAUAGACUUGUCCAAAAACCAAAUCACCGAAGUUCCCGAGGAGGCCGUCAAAGAUCUGCACGUCGUCGAACUCAACCUCAACCAGAACCAGGUGGCGAUUGUAACUCCGAAGCUGGGCGAGUGCCCAAAACUGAGGACUUUGAGGUUAGAAGAGAACUGCCUUCAAAUUCCGGCCGUCAUUCCGCUCUUGAGAGACUCGUCAAUAUCUUUGUUAGCCCUCGAGGGGAAUUUGUUUGACAUGAAGGCCUUGGCGCACGCAGACGGCUACGAACAGUAUAUGGACAGGUUCACAGCGGUCAAGAAGAAAUUGUACUAAAUUCUUUUUCUUUAAAAAAUCCGUCUUUGAUGUUCACGCUGGAAAUAUUUCACGCUAUUUUGAGUCACCAUAAUUCAUUGUCAUUUUCACCAAAGUGCAGUUUAGCCUAAAUUUUGAUGCAGUCGGCAGAAUACUUCUUGUUGGUGUGUUUCAGCCUCCCUGGAUUAUUGCUUAUGUGAAAAAAGAAAAAAUUGUUAAGAGACAAAAAAGUGUUCCCUUGGAAAAAAUUUCAGAGUUAUACGAAAGUUUGGAUUAAAUACUUCAAAACACAAUCCUCUUAUUGUGAUAUCGAAUCCGUAUUUCUACGUGUUGUAAUGUAUUAAACGGUAUUCAUGAAAAUAUUAUUGUAAAAAUAAAAACG